AUGCAGACAGAGCUCUUCGGCACGCUGGCCACCGGCGCCCGCCACCGCGCCCUCCUGCCCGUGCUUCGGCGCCCCUCGCCGGCGCCGUGGCGCUCGCUGCUGCAGUGCCUCGCCGCCGCGGCGGGGGGGCGUCGUGAGGAGGAGCCCGACCCGCUCGUCGGGCGGCGGCUGCCCGACGGGCGGUGGGUCAAGGCGCGGGUGCUCCCGGCUGAGGGUCAGGCGGAGGCGAGGUACCUCUGCUGCAGCGGCUCGGGCCGCCGUGUGGAGCACUCGUAUUUGGGCGCAGGGGAGUGCCGGCGGCUAAUGGGUAAUGUCGACGGCCGCACGGUUGCCCCUGCCGCGAAGCGCGAUUGA